CAAGUACGGCAGUAAACUCCAUAACACCUGAGAAAUUAUACUUCCAUCCAUUAUCUUAACUCUGUCAAAUGUUUUAAAACUCAAGUUGUGAAUAUUUGCAAAAAAAACAUACUUUUUCUGUGUAUGUAAGAAUAUAUGCUUUUUAAUUGAUAAAAAAAGGGACAAAAUGAUUUUAAAAAGCUGCUGCCACCUUGUGGUUUAUUGCAAUAAGCAUUUCGUCCAGACCAGAAAAAUAAAAUUUUUUAAUUCUUAAAAUGUAAUAUUUAUGCACUAAAGACAAAAUGCCAAUCAGUUGUAUUAAAAGAAAAGCAGCAGUUAUGAUAAAAUAUGUUUUAUUUCAGUAUAUCAGAAUUUUAGUGAUUCCCUGCAGGAUUUUAAUCACUUCUUUGUUGUCAUGUUUUUAUUGUAUUAUUUUUCUUUUAUUUUGAAAGUUUCUAGGUUCAAAUCUGUCAAAUUAACACAUUCUUCAUGUUAUUUACCAUAGAAUUCCAAUGUAAAAAUCCAUCAAUGAAGUCAGCUCAAACAUUAGCAAACAUCCAUCUCUGUUCAUUGUCCUAUGAUGUUCCAUCAUUGAUUAAGUCAGAACUGUUUGGUCUUGUCAACAUUCGUCUGUUAUCUCCGGCUGGAGAAGUCUUUGACUCGGGAUCUGUUUCUGAAAGUGGCUCCAUUGACUGAACGCUGAUGUGGAGAAGAAUGUUCCGGCGGCAGACGGGAUAGAAUGCGGAUCUAUGGGAGGCAUGUUUACUCUGUCUGCAACCUCUGUUGUUGUUGUUGUUUGGUGUUGACAACACAUAGCUGUCAUUCUUCGCCACGUUGUCCAGAUGACUCAGCGGACAGAUCUCGUCUGAACCCGUGUCACGAGUCACCCUUUGAACGUUGAUGUCAUCUACAUGUUCGCUUUAAUAACAAAGAAUUAUUUGAGAAAUCAUUUUAAAACUCAAUUUGUGAAGGGAAUCAGCUUUUCACCUUUGUUCCAAUUCCCCUUUAUUCAUUAGAGCAGAAUUAAUUUCCCUCCUCCAGUCUGCAUAGCAACCAGGAUGAAGCUUCAGUGCACACACAGAAAACAAUUGUCCCCCAGCCUUCAAGUAUCCUUCUUUUCAAUCCCAGUUUUCCCUUUUUUCAAAAUAAUUCACCUUUUUUUUCCCUAACUAUUCAUAAAAAUCCAUCGUCGGAAGAUCAAUAAAAACAUUUAUUAAAAAAGAAGAACUAGGUCAUCAUAUUUGUUAUAUUUUAAAUUCUAAGCUUAUUAAUUACACCAAAUUAAAAAUGGGAUUUACUGAGGAAGGAAAGCCAUUUCUCCUAUUGUGUCCAAUUGAAAGGUGACUCCCCCCCUCCUCCUUUCGGCUGAAGUUCGGUUUGUUUGUCCAAGGGUUUAAUAUUUAGCCACAAGUAUUUUCUUUUACAACCAGUCAGCCGGCAUCUCUUUCAGAUCUGUAAACACGACGCGCUUUAGCUCUACCUGCUCAGGGGGGCUCUUACAGUUCGGCCUUUGCAGGACGCCGCUCACUCCAUUAGGGAUUUGCAAAUGUGAGCUGAAGGUUUUCCACCUCUGGGUUCAAUAACGGAGUAAGAAAAAAAAAAGAUGGGACCUUGUACAGCAGUCAAUGGCUCAAAGGACAAAAAAGCCCGCGAGAGCUGUAGCGGCCCGGCAAGACCUCGGCUGAGAAGCAGCAGCGAUGGAAGCAUCUGGACCAGGAGGAUAGUCGGCGCACACAGCUGCUCCUCCUCUUUGGUGCUGUCCAACCCCAAAUCAGUUCUGAAAAGACCGGUGAGCACAGAGGAGCUGCAGACACCAGGAGGUCCCUACAUGAAGAAAACCUUCACAAUCAUGGGGGAUGCGGUGGGUUGGGGGUUUGUGGUCCGAGGAGCCCGACCUUGCCACAUCCAGGCCGUGGAGCCCUGCGGUCCAGCUGCUGCUGCUGGGAUGAAGGUUCGCCAGUUUGUGGUUUCGGUUAACGGCCUCAACGUUUUAGACAUGGAUUACCGCACUGUCAGCCACCUGAUCCUGACGGGGCCCAGGACGGUGGUGAUGGAGGUGAUGGAGGAGACGGACAACUGAGGAGAGACUAAAUCGGUGAUGCUUCGCAGGAAAAUUUGACUGAAAAACUGAAGGUGAUGACUUUUGCCGGAGAGUUUUUACAUUUUAUCUGAAUCCUAGUCUCAGUUUUCAUCACGCGUCAUCCUAUGACAUCAGAAGCUGCAAACACACAACCAUUACAUGAGCACUCGAAAAACCUCCAAGCUCCUCCUUUUCUUGCGUUUACCUUUCCAUCCACUCCUGCCUUGUUCCUGGAAAAGACGUGUGGAGAGAGCAUCACGGAUGUAACCAGAGUGUUUGUUUUUUUUAACGCUUUAGUCUUUUUUGUAUAUUUUAUUUCUUUUUUUUUAGAUGUAGCUUUCAUUCUUUUUCCUGCAAAAUAUACCUCCUUGAUGGUCAGUAAUAUUUGUCUUUUUAUGUUUGGAUGAAAAUUGUUGCUUGUUUUGUAUAUUUUAAUAGUUAUUUUCAUUUUAACGCGACUGUGUUUUAGGAAACCAACAUUUAUUUUAAGGUCUGCAAUUGUACACAGUGUUUUUUUGCAAACAGUUCUUUAAAUGAUUUACACUUCUCACAUACAGUUUGAUGGACAAAUAUUGUUUACCCUUUAAAGUCAUCCAAGAAAAUGUAAAUUAAGCAUAAAGUACAUGUCAAAAAACAAUAAAAUUAAAUAGAAAUUUGCUAAAUUUACUAUUAUGAAUAAACAUGCUUGGUUUCCUGUCCUGAAAAAUUUCAUUUUGUAUGAGUUUUACUUUUGUAAAGCUUUUUUUUUCAAAGCUUACGUUAAUUUAAAACUGUUUAUUUGAGCAUGCGCAACUUUGUCAGACGAAAAUGUCAUUACUUGUGUAAAAAAUAAUGAUAAUAAAUUACUCCC